AUGCUGACGCAGAAAAAGACGGGGGAUUGGGAAGGAGAACAGCCCUAUGUCGACGGUCCCGAUUUUUCCCGGAGGAAUUCUGAGCGUGGUGUUUUUAUAGCACAGGCAUUGGCGACGAUUUUAAUUUCGGUUACACCUAGCCUCGUGUCGCUCGCCAUGAUGCUGCCGUGGGCAACUUGGUCUAGCAGAGACGGGGACUAUUAUCCCCUUGAGCAAUUCUUGCUUGAAGCCAACUCUAGCUCGGUCGCCAAACCAUAUCUCCAGAACUUACGCGAGGUAUACAUCAUGACUGAUGAAAGCGAUUAUGAUGAAUAUCAGGAGACUGUCGAUGAUAGAUACUAUGUACGCACUGGAUUUCUCGACUGCUUCCAAAUGUUUGACAAGCUUCCUUCAAUUGAGUCCGUGGGUAUCGAUGGGAUCACAGAUGACGAUCAUGCAGAUGAGCCGAAUAUUAAGGAAGCAGCAUCGAAAUUGACCAAGCUUCACAUCAAUCACUCAGCGCUGGAUGACAUAUAUUUAGCUCGUGUAAUCUUAGCAUGCAAAUCCUUGAAAGAGCUCCAAUAUUCAAUUGGAGGCAGAGGAACGGGUCUUGAGGACAAAGGACACCUCAAUAAUAAAACCUUCAGUAAAGCCAUACUGAAACACAAGAACUCGCUUCAAGUCCUCGAUAUUGACUCCGGAAAAGAUUUUUAUUAUCACAAUAUCAGCGAAACAAACACUGGCUACGAUAAUGAGGGAGGGGACCAGCUUCGCCUAUAUCGUCUAGUUGGUGAAACUGAGAUCAGUGACUUUCUUUGCUCGUUUUGGGACAACCAUGGCUCUCUCAAGGAUUUCCCCAACCUCAAGUCUCUGAGCUUGGGAAUUGGCCUGUUGAUGUAUCUGGUCUGUGGGGGAAAUGGUACACGAGAUGGCACGGAAUCCAAAUUGGUUGAUAGUAUCCCCAAGAACCUGGAAUAUCUCUGCGUGCGAGGAUACCAGAGGGCUGAGGUUCCAAAACAUGAUGUACAGAUUGAUGCUUUAAUGGGUGCCUUCAAUUCUGGAUCCCUUGGAUUGAAAGAGAUCAGGGGUAUCGAAACUAUUAUUCCAUUUACCGAUCACUACGAUGUGUCUAAUAGUCGAAAGUCCGAUCGAUGGUGUCUACAAAGCUCCCGGUACAGCCUUCAAAAACAAUCUUAA